AUGGCUGCUGUUCAGACAGAAGUUUCCCUGUGCUCACAACCUUGGCAGAGGCCCUUGUACAUAUAUGGGGGGCUGGCAUGCAAUUCACUGAUGGCUGAUUCCUGGUCGGACAGAACUCCUCUCCAUGAAGCCGCCUACCAGGGCAGACUGCUCCACCUGAGAAGCCUCAUCGCUCAAGGCUUCCAUGUGGACACACUCACCAUGGACAGGGUCUCUCCCCUCCAUGAGGCUUGUCUCGGUGGUCAUUAUGCUUGCGCCAAGUUGCUGUUGGACAAUGGUGCAAAUGUGGAGGCAGUAUCAACAGAUGGCGCCACACCUCUCUUCAACUCAUGCAGCAGCGGGAGUGCUGCUUGCGUGAGGCUGAUCUUGCAGCAUGGUGCCUCCGUCAGCGCCACCUACCAGCUGCCAUCACCUGUCCACGAGGCCGCUAAGAAAGAUCACAGAGAGUGUCUGGAGCUGCUUCUGUCCUAUGGAGCUCAUAUUGAUAUGGAGCUGCCAGUGAUGGGGACGCCGCUGUAUUCUGCCUGCAUGGCCCGUGCCCCUGCCUGUGUGGAGCUGCUGCUACACUCAGGAGCAGAUGUUCGAAUAGGCUGUGGGCAGGACAGUCCUUUACAUGCUGCAGCUCGAAGUGGAGGAGCGAACAUUGUGGACCUUCUGCUGGACUUCGGGGCUGAUGAGUGUUGUAGGAACGCCGAGGGAAAAACCUCUCUGGAUCUGUCAGCACCAGACAGCGCAGUGAGAACUGCACUGCAGAAAAGAAGUCCCUGCUCCCUGUCUCAGCUGUGUCGGUUCUGUAUUCGCCGAAGCCUGGGUAGGAAUCGUCUUCACAGAGCGUCCAGUCUUUUCCUACCACACAGAAUCACAGACUUCCUCCUCUACCAAUGA